UUACUUGCAGAAAAAUGGCGCAAGUAUGCAGAGUCUGCAUGGCACCGCCAGUCUCCGGACCAUUCAAAAACAUUUUUGAUGAGCCACAGAACUGGGACACUUGCAUUGCUGACAUGAUAGCGGAGUGCACCGGGUACGUGGUUUGUCGAGGGGACUUACUGCCGGAAAACAUAUGUCCGCCCUGCCUUGAGGAUGCAGUGAGUGCAUUCAGCUUUAAGAAGACCUGCGAGCAGAGCCAUAGGCUCUAUAUUCCAGUGUUGGAGGAGGCUGGAGGAGAAGACAUCUGUCAUAAUCUGGAAGACGAUGGGGAUUGGGAACAUUCAGAUAGUGGAAAUGAGCUAACGAACCAAUUUGAAAAUGCAAAGGUUCACGGUGAUAAGGAUGUCGAUCAUCAGUUCAAAUGUAGUCUUUGCCCAAAGAGCUAUACGCACAAAUCGAAUCUAAAUAGACACAAACAAUUACACUCUGAAGAACGAACCUACAAAUGCUCCGACUGCUCAAAACCCUUUCGACUAAAAUGCUAUCUUCGAACACACAAGAAGUCACACUGCUCGAAGUCAUUUAAGCUACAAUCCGAUCUCAAAGCACACACCCAUACGCAUACAGUUGAUCGCCCUUACCACUGUUCAUACUGCCCAAUGUCUUUUACACAAAAAUGCAAUCUUCAAGCACACACCCGUACGCACACAGGUGAUCGCCCAUUCCAAUGUGAUCACUGCUCGAAGUCAUUUAAACAGAAAGGCCAUCUUCAAGAACAUGUACGUACGCACACUGGUGCCCGACGCUUCAAAUGUUCCCACUGCUCGAUGUCAUUUAAAUACCAAUACGAACUUAAACAACACAUCCAAUGUCACACAGAGGAGCGACCAUAUAAGUGUACCUACUGCUCACAGUCAUAUCAGGACUUAUCUCAUCUCCAGGAACACAUCUGUACUCCGGCGGAAAGACUGCAUAAGUGUUCUUACUGCAUACAAUCUUUCAGCGAUAAAUCUAAGUAUCUUAUACACACCCGUAGUCACACAGGUGAACGACCCUACCCCUGCUCUCAUUGCUCGAAAUCAUUCAAAGGAAAGUCGAAUCUCCAGGUACACAUGCGAUCUCACACAGGGGAGCAUCCUUACAAGUGUACCCAUUGCUCAAAGACAUUUAGAUAUAGAAACAAUAGCUACCACAAACACAUACUUGCUCACACAAGCGAAGACAAAUUGGGACAGGAAGAUACGAUUGUACCUAGUGCAGAACGAGGUCUUUAACCUUGUUAACCAUAGAUGGUCGCUGAUACGUUCUUAUGUAACAAUACAUCCAACCUACUAAUUCACAACAAA